AUGGAUUACAGAAAAAAGGAGGCCUAUGUUUUUCCAAUACUUCCCGAUGCGGAUAUCGUGCAAUUUUUAGAGGAGGUUGUGGAUGAUUUUACUGAUGUAGACGUAAAGAAACCCACCAUUCAACGUUUAAACCUUGUGUACGAUGCUAUUUUAAGGGUUACUACCGGAGUAACAAAUGAAGAAUGGGGCAAAACGGACUGGUACGAGCAAUUGAACAAUAGAGUACAUAACAAAAUCGAUAAUGUUGAAUUCUAUACAGAACCGAUGCAAUUAAUGGCUCUCUAUAGGCGAAUGAAUAAACUGAUGGCGGCAAUUGGAGUUGCCGACUUUUCCUUUUUCGACAUUCUUAGACCAGAAUCUUCUCGAGUACGUAGAAUACUCAGUGCAAUAAUCAACUUCAUGAGAUUCCGUGAGGACAGAAUGUACAUUUUUAAUGAUUAUGAGAAACACUCGGAAGAGCUUCUGGAAAAAAACGAGGAGCUAGUAAUUCGUUAUCAUGCACUUGUCGGGAAGGUGAACGAAUUAAAGCUGCAACGCAAAGAACAAGAAAACGAGGUCAAAUCCUACAUGCAGCAGAACGCAAACCUAAUGAGUGGUAUGCGUGAAUUGAAAAAAAAGCAGACAGGGUUAUUGAAUGAGAUCGCAGCGUUGAAAAAUGUUAGAGCAGACUGGACCGAAAAAAUUAACAACACACAUUUCCUGGUGGUAACCGCAAAACAGGUCCUCGAAAAAUUAAAGAGUCGGAUUGUAUUAAAUCCUGAUAAGUUAAAACAGACUAUUGAAGAGAUGAACGAGACCAUGGCACGCGAAAAAGAAACAAUGUUAGGACUCGAUAAAAAAGUUCGAGAUAUUCAAACGAAAUUUGAUAUGUUAACUAUCGUCGAAGAG